AUGUAUCGUAUGACAAUUUUACUUGUUUUUUUAUGCAUUUUAUUUCUUCAACAACAAGUUGCUUGUAUUGAGUUUUCAUCUUCUGACGAAAUUGAAGAACGUCCAAGCCGAUCCCAUUCAUCAUUAUCAUCUUUACGUAAAUCAUGGAUUAAACAAUUAAAGGAUAUAAAUGAUAGUGAACAACAUGAUGAUCUUGAACAUGUAUGGAAACGUCUUGUGUCAGAAUUAUCAUCACUUCGACAAAGACGACGUUUUGGUAAUACUCGUUAUGGCCGUAGUUUACCUUCGGAAUGGAAAUGA